CGAGCCAGCCAAAGGAGAAGUGGGCGACAUUAGUUAGACUGAGACGGGAGCUGGAGAAGAGUACCAACAGCCAGUCAGAGAGAGGGAGUGAGAAGGAACGGGAGCUGUGGGACACGGGGUGAAAAUGGCACAACGUCUGCGUUUGUACUUCGGCUCCGGCCGCAGCAACACAGCCCCGGAGAUACUGGAAGGAGAGUCUGAGGAGCGGCAGGGACACGGCGGUGUGGUCAUGGCGCGGCGAGUACAACCACCUCCGGUAUCGAGGCCUCGUCAGGAGAUGACCACGCAGCACAGCCCGUCGACAGCUCGCUCUUUUCACUCGGAGCCUUCUCUGAAGCGCAGCUCUUCCAUGUUCAUACCCCAGCUCGCCGCCUAUGCCGAGCCGCGUCCCACAAAGAGCUCGUCCAUGCACAUCUCCCUCCAGCGCGCCAACGGAUCUAGUAAUGGAGAUUCCAGUUGCCUCGCUGAUGAUGUCCCGCCGCCUUCCUACACUCCUCCAGGACCUGCGCCUGCUUAUGCGGAAACACAAAUUCAACCGGACUUUCCACGGCAGCCGCCACCGCCAUACUACAGCCCAGAUUCUUUAAACUCGCAGCCUUUUUCCCCAGAACCGAACCUUCCGAAACGCAGAGUGUUUAGUAUUGGUUCCAGUAGCCCUACUGCAUUCAGCAGAGGUCAACCGGGGAUCAGUGUCGGUGCCAUUUGUAUCCAGAGUAACUCUCCUGAUGUUUCUGAUGUCCAGCACUUCAGGAUUCUUCCUUAUGGCGGUGGUGCCAGCUGGUCUGUCCAGCAGCAGAGCAUGGACCCGUCCUCCAGUGUCAAUGGUGCUCAGAGACUGGUGUUUCAGCUCCAGCAAAAUCAGAACUUGGAUCAGGGCCAGGACAGACAACAGCCAUCAGAGGAACAAUGUGGAGACCGUAACUGUAGCAGCCCAAGAGGCUGCCGUACAGUACGUUACCCCAGAAUCCGUCUGCAGAGGAACUCGUCCCAUCAGAGGCUGCUCCUAGACGGCAAGCAUCUGAAAACUGGUGCCGACAGCCCAACUAUCGAAGAGAACCAAACGGAGGAGGAGACAGAGGCUAGAAGCACACCUAAUGGUUGUACUUUUAAAAUCAGCGGGGAAGCACCCAGAAGGCAACCGCAUUUCAAAAUUUAUUUUACCCCGGGCGGAGGUGGAGAUCAGGAUGUGAGCUUUGGCAGCACACCAACAACAAACAAUCCAGAGACUAGAGAUGAUUUCCUGGGGCAAGUGGAUGUUCCUCUCAGUCAUUUACCGACUGAGGACCCGACCAUGGAGCGUCCCUACACAUUCAAAGACUUCCUAUUGCGGCCCAGAAGAUGUUCUCAUUCCAGUCACAAGUCCAGGGUGAAGGGUUACCUGCGCCUAAAGAUGGCCUACCUGCCCAAACAAGGAGGCCAUGAGGAGGAGGCGGGGGAGAUGAGGGAGGAGGCGGAGGGAUGGGAUGAGUCUGCAGACUCGGGCUCCCAGCGACCCCAGCAGCUGCUCCCCCCUUUGCCCCCCGGCUGGGAAGAAAAGGUGGACAACCUGGGACGGACAUACUACGUCAACCACAACAACCGCACGACGCAGUGGAAACGGCCCUCCAACAUGGACGUCAUAUCAGAGAUUGAAAGCGACAAUCAACAGCGGCAAAUCAAUCAGGAAGCACAUCGUGUUUUCCGUUCGCGGCGUCACAUCAGUGAAGACUUGGAGAACGAGCACAUUGAACCCAGAGACUUGGACAAUUCCUGGGAGCUCAUCACUGAGGAGGAUCCCAAUGACAGUCUGUCCCAGUCUCUGCCGGGUCCGUCCUCCGCCUUGACGCCGCAGCACCCACCGACACCGAUCAGCCAGGAGUUUUCUGAAGACCUGAACCUGAGGCUGUCUCUCACUCCAGACACUAAUGGAGAGGUGCCAGGGCCCAGCUCCGCUCUGAGCCAUCUGUCAAACAGACUCCGUUCCUCCAGCAUGACGGACGGCGUCAGUGAUCAGGCCCAGGCUCCUCCUCUCACGCAGAGUUCCCAGCCCAGAAGGACAAGAGCUCAAACAGUCUCAGGUGGUGAGGAGCCCAUGUCUCCCUCUGCCACUGCCUACACCUUGACCACUCCUGGCCUGCCCCCUGGAUGGGAAGAGAGGAAGGACGCCAAAGGAAGAACUUAUUACGUCAACCAUAACAACCGCACAACCACUUGGACUAGGCCAAUUGUGCAGUUGACUGAAGACGGAGCCAGCACCUCAGCAUCAGCGUCAGGAGGAGCCUCGGCCCUGGCGCCUCCAUCCACUCCCUCCUCCUCCUCCAAUUCCUCCAACAACCACCUCCAUGAGCCCCAAGUCCGACGACCUCGUAGCCUCAGCUCCCCCACUGUCACCCUUUCCACCCCCCUGGAGGGAGCCAACAACAUCCAGGUGCGGCGGGCGGUUAAAGACACUCUCUCCAAUCCGCAGUCCCCUCAGCCGUCGCCGUACAGCUCACCAAAGUCGCAGCACAAGACGCAGCAGAGCUUCCUGCCGCCGGGGUGGGAGAUGAGAAUAGCCCCGAACGGGCGGCCCUUCUUCAUCGACCACAACAGCAGAACCACCACCUGGGAGGAUCCCAGGUUGAAAUACCCGGUCCACAUGAGGAACAAGAAUUCGAUGGAGCCUGGUGAACUCGGCCCUCUUCCUAACCUACCAGAGGAGCCUGGAUGGGAGGAGAGAGUUCACACUGACGGGCGCACCUUUUACAUCGACCACAAUACAAAGAACACGCAGUGGGAGGACCCACGUCUACAGAGUCCAGCGAUCACAGGACCUGCUGUUCCCUACUCCAGAGAGUUCAAGCAGAAAUACGACUACUUCAGGAAGAAAUUAAAGAAACCGGCCGACAUUCCCAACCGGUUCGAGAUGAAGCUCCACAGAAACAACAUCUUUGAGGAGUCGUACCGUCGCAUCAUGUCCCUGAAGAGGCCGGACGUCCUGAAGGCGCGGCUAUGGAUCGAGUUCGAGUCGGAGAAAGGACUGGACUACGGCGGCGUGGCCAGAGAGUGGUUCUUCCUCCUGUCUAAGGAGAUGUUCAACCCUUACUACGGCCUGUUCGAAUACUCCGCCACGGACAACUACACGUUGCAAAUCAAUCCCAACUCCGGCCUGUGCAACGAGGACCACCUCUCCUACUUCAAGUUUAUCGGACGCGUGGCAGGAAUGGCCGUCUUUCACGGGAAGCUACUGGAUGGUUUUUUCAUUCGACCCUUCUACAAGAUGAUGUUGGGGAAACAGAUCUCUCUUAAAGACAUGGAGUCUGUGGACAGUGAAUACUACAACUCUCUGAAGUGGAUCCUGGAGAACGAUCCCACCGAGCUGGACCUGAGGUUUUGUAUAGAUGAGGACAACUUCGGACAGACGUACCAGGUCGACCUGAAGCCCAGCGGAUCCGACAUGGUCGUCACCAACGACAACAAGAAGGAAUACAUAGAUUUGGUCAUUCAGUGGCGGUUUGUGAAUCGGGUCCAGAAGCAGAUGAACGCCUUCCUGGAGGGUUUCACGGAGCUCAUCCUAAUCGAUCUGAUCAAGAUCUUUGAUGAAAAUGAACUGGAGCUGCUGAUGUGUGGUCUGGGAGACGUCGACGUCAACGACUGGAGACAACACACUGUUUACAAGAACGGCUACUGCCCCAACCACCCGGUGAUCCAGUGGUUCUGGAAGGUGGUCCUGCUCAUGGAUGCUGAGAAGAGGAUCCGACUGCUGCAGUUUGUGACGGGAACAUCUCGAGUGCCCAUGAACGGCUUUGCUGAGCUCUACGGCUCUAAUGGUCCUCAGCUGUUCACCAUCGAGCAGUGGGGAACACCGGACAAGUUGCCAAGAGCUCACACAUGUUUCAACCGCCUGGAUCUGCCCACGUACGACUCCUUUGAGGACCUGCGGGAGAAGCUCCUCAUGGCCGUGGAGAACGCGCAGGGCUUCGAGGGCGUCGACUAAAAGCGGCGGCGCCCGGCCGAUUCAGCCCAAGAAACACCGAAGAGCCGCAGGGAUGUCAAAGCAGCUGCUGUAGCAGUUCUGUGCAGAAAGCAUGUUGUACUGUAACGCCUGGCUGAGCCACCUCCGCAGCACGGCGGCCCGAGACUGUACAGCGACUCGUCAAGCCAAUAUGCCUACGUCUUUAUAUCUUUACAGCGCGCUCGGUCGCUCCUCUCGAAGGCGCCUGGGCAGGGAAGGAGGCGCCGCACUGUUUUCGUAUGCUGAAAUGUUAUUAACCACGGGCAUGAGUGAUGAAUGAUGGGAGCUGGCCCCCGAUCCACCGUUUCUUUCCCCUCCUCUGUCCUGUGAAAAUCUACAGUGCUGGAAAACACCAAUGCAUUUCAACACUUCCUCUCCGUACACCUUUUUUUAGCACAGUAUUCGAGCACCCUCCAGUGGGCGGGGCUUAGCAUGGCCUUAAAUCUGGCUCCGACAUGCACUAUUUUCUCCGAGAAACUGCAACGGCACGGUGAUCGCACCUCACAUCUCAAUUUCUCUCGACCAACACCAGAUUACCUUAGGAAUGCUAGCCAAUCACAUUUCAGGAAACGGGCCACACUCCUUCCGUAGAGCCUUGUCUGCGCGGCGCGAUCACAAACCGCCAGCGCAGCCUUUUGUAGAAUAAAGUUUUUUCUUUUCCUUUUUUUUUUUUUUUUUUUUUGCCACUGGUAAGGAUCCGAGACUGAGGGGUGGGAAAAUGAACCGAACCCCUGAAAAAGAUGACUUUUUAUGGUAUAAUUCUUGCUGGAAAAGUAUUCUCAGUGUAUUUGUACUGAUGAACAAUGUCCUUUACUAUUUUGACAACUAUAUAUGACAUGGUGUGUGAAGUGCAAAAUUUGGCUCGUCUGAGAAAUGACUAAUCCUCAUCAUUUGUUACGGUGAUAAGCAAAUGUGUCGGACAAAAAAAAAAAAAAAAAAAGUUUUUUUAUUGUAGUGCUUUGAAAGCAGCAUGAAACUGUAUCUUGUGUUUGCUUUGACUACAUAUUAAUUUGGACGUGUGACGGGUGUGGAAAACUUAAAGCUGGGGUUAGUUUCUCUGAGAUGUCAUGAUUAUAUUAAUAUUCUCAUGCCUGUUGCUGUUCAUAAUGCUGUAAAUUGUUCUUUGGGGGGGGGUGGGAGAAAAAAAAAGACAUUUUAAGUUCUUUCAUGAUAUAUAAAUAUAUGUAUGUAUUACAUUUAACAGAAGUAUUACUGAUCAACACUAAAAUGAAGCUGUGCGUGAGAGUGCGGGUGUCUGAGAGCAAAGCUGUGAUCGCCACUGAAUAUAAAAGCAGCACGUUUCUUACAAAGAAAGGAAAAAUGUGUUCCUCUUUUUUAAUGUUCUUGUUUCUCUCUCUCUCUCUCUCUCUCUCCUUUUUCUAACACCAUUGAACCUAAAGGGCACUUUAUAGAUCGCUGAGGUCACGUCGCCUGUCGUAUGUCUUCUGUCAUUUACUUGAAUGUGAUUCUUUUUAUUUGUCGUUUUCAUUCGGAGCACGAACUCGGUGCAAUAUAGUCUGUAAAUCUGGGCUGCUGCUAAGAUAG